AUGACAGAAACCAUUUGUAGAUAUUUGGCUACACCUUCACCAGUAUUUGAAUUAAUGAUAGAAUUGAAUAAAAAUACUUUGACAAUGCAAAAAUUCGCAAUUACUCGAUUGGCUCAAUGUGUACAGACCAAACCAGUUAUUCAAAUGCGUCAAGCAGCCAAUUCUACUUUUUAUGCACUUCUUAAUGAAAUUAUUCGAUAUUCAGAUGAAGAUAUUACAAAUAAGCAAUUAUUACAGGUGCAUCCUAAUGGUGUUUCUAGAGCUCCUGCUCAGGAGGCUUUGAAUGAAUCACAAAAGCAGCAAGUCUGUAUCAAUGCACUUUCUGCUAUCAUUGGUAUAGCUGUUCAUCUUGAAGAUGAAGUGAUUAUUUCUCAAGCUUAUUCUGUUCUUUCUUUAAGACGUAAAUCAUUUUCAGUAUUUGCAAUUGAAACACUAACCAGAGGCCUUGUUGAUUUGGCUCUUGUCAGUCCGUUAAAUGUAUUUAGAGACAUAAUUAAUUUAUUCUCUGUAUUAAGUCGUGAAUCACUUUUAAUUGAUAAUAAGCAACUUACAACAGCUAUUGUAAACGCCCAAAAGGAGCUUGCAAAGAGAUUAUCAUCAAAACCGGAGUAUUAUAAUGAUUACUUGAGCAAUCUAUUGGCGUUAUUUGUUGAAAAUGGUAAUACUAUUCAAAGAAUGAUAUCUAAGAACAAAAAGGAAUCUGAUUUCCCUUGGCUUUCAAAACUUGGUCAGCUGUUACCAGUCAUUUGUACACUUUUGGAACAUAACGAUUUUAAUCCUCAUCUGAAUCCUAGUGAAGAUACGGUAUCUCUUUUCCGUAACACUUGGUUCCAUUGUGUUUUAUUUGGUUUUGUAACAGAAUCAAUUUGGAUACGCGAAUGGUAUAACUCUAUGCUAGUUAUUGCAAAAAAGACUCCUGUCCUUGUCAUUGAAAGUGCAACCAAUUAUUUAGAAAGUGAUUUAGAAUAUAACUCUGUUCUCCGUGGUGCCGAUGCUUCAGAUCGUGAAGUUGGAUCCAUGAGUCAAAAAUUAUCUUCGCUUUUGCCCUCUCUUGCAUAUGACAUUAAAAACUUUUCAUUUGCUCAAAUUAUUUUUGCUCUUAGCGUAUAUUACAUUGAAACUAUGAGGAGUAAAAUGGGUGACUGUAGCUACAUACUGCGUUAUUUUAUGAAUGAUGGUGUGAAUAAUAGUACUAUGGCUAAUUGUUUGGAAACAAUUGCUGAUCGUGUCGUCACAGCUUAUAUUAGGGAUGCCUCUGAUAAAGCUGACUCUCAGAACUUGGAUACUGAACUACGCACCCAAAUGUCAACUCUUUUAAAGCUUUGUUGUCAUCGACUUCGAAAGGUACACUCUUUAGCUGUUAAAAUUUCUGAACGCAUCGUAACCACUUUCCCUCAAGUGUUUGCCGAAAAAUCAUUAAUUACAUUAUUACUUGAACUUGUACAAUUACUCUGGUUAAGCUGUGAAGCUGAAUAUCGAGAUGAGUACUGUCCUACUUUCCAUUUUACAUCCACGCGUGUUGGUGUGACUAUUGAACUAGGUGAUUCAUAUUCUUAUCGAAAGGAUAUUUGUGCACAUAUGUAUGAGAAUGGCAAAAAAUGGCUGCAGGUAUCAAUGGAUCGUGCACCUAUGGAAAUCAAUGGGCUUUUACAAGAUUACCUUGCAGAGUAUGUCCGUUUUGAACCAGGUGCUUUAAUUGAUACAGCGCAUAUGGGUAGAACUUUAGCUUUAGAAGUAGGUAAAACCGCUGCUAGGAAUGACAUGACAGUUGAAUUUGUACCUCAGAUUCGCGGAGUUCAACUAGAUGAUUCGUCUGAUUUUGUUGAUGGAUUUACUUCAAGAAGAUAUUAUAUUGGUGAAGUGAGUGGUAUUGAAUAUAUGGCAGGAAUGCGCCCUGGUAUUGAUAGGUUACCAAACAGUCAUAAGGAAGUAGGUUUGAAGGAUCAAAUACCUAUUGUAGUUAAAACAUUACAAGCUGUAUUAGAUGAUAUAAAGCAACAUCAAAAUAUUCCUGUAGAACGUUUACGUCGUACAUUGCUUCAAGCUGCUAGUUUUAUUGUUUCUUUAUCCACCAUUCAUCCUGACUUAGUUUCUUAUAUUGUACGUAUUCCGGUUUAUAUUUUUACACCUGAAUCUUUGGAAAUCGGUACAGAUGUCUGGAACUGGGUACUUGUUGAGAGACCAGAUAUUGAAAAACGUUUGAUGGUAGAGAUUCUUAACAUGUGGGGCUGGGCACAACGAUAUAGAAAGGGUUUGUUUUCACCCAAGUUGGACGCAAAGCAUCCAUUUGAAAGUAAAAUGACUUAUGCUCCCUCUGAGAGAUCGAUAAUUGAUAAGAAUAAUAAAAAUAUGACACGUCUCUUUACGCCUCAUAUCACAUGGAUUAAAUUCUUAACUAGCCGUUUCUAUGCUAUCCGACAUCGUAGCAAGCAUUUGAUUAACAUGCUCAUUCGCUUACUUCAAGAUACCUUCCAUAAUUCUCAUUUGAUGAGUACACAUCCGUUUGCUCGUCUACCUAGAUUCCAACUUUUAUUUUUGGGUUUGAAGAUUCUUCGUUCUACUCAAAUGGAAGCGUUGGCCGAAUAUAGAUUCCGAUCCUUGGUCUAUAAUUCUGCCUUCAACUGGUUCGCCCUCCCGCCUAAAUGGCAUUAUGGUUCACGUAAAAGUUAUGCAUUAGCUGAACAGAAGACAUUAGCUGAAUUUUAUGAUAUGGUUGUACAUGAUACGCCUCGCUUAACAAGCUUAGUCACUAGUUCCAAUCUACGCUACAAUAAUUCUAAAAAUACAUCUGGUCUUUAUAUGUUUUUAAGUGACAAAACAAAUGAUGAUAUCGUGCAUGAACAUCAGUUAUCUAAAAAACUAUUACUAUUAUUCUUGGAUAGUGAAAUAUCACGUCUUUCUGUCUGGAAUAAUCCUUUGAAUACAAUUUGUCCUAAAUAUUUUGCUAUUCCUUCUAUUGGUAAUUCCGACAAAUCCUUCACAACAGAUGAAAGAUGGAAAGAAAUUGUUCGAUUUGCUUGGGAGACUUCACCCAAGGUAGCAGUUCAAAUGGCUGCUCGUUUUGUGCAACCUGCAGUUCAAAGGGAACUUCAUACGUUGAUUGCAAAUAAUACAUUGGAUGUAGUAGAUAUACCAGAGGCACUUGAGAUUUUACUUGGAGAAAAAGUUCAACCUACUGCAAAAUUAGAUUUACGAUAUCUUAAAUAUUGGGCACCUGUUCCUGCUAUUACUGCAGCCAAUUAUUUCAUGCCUGCUUAUAAUAAUCAUCCAUUAAUUCUUCAAUAUGCCAUGCGAAGUCUUGAAUAUUAUCCUGUUGAUACUGUCUUUUUUUAUGUUCCUCAAAUUGUACAAGCAUUGCGUUAUGAUGAGUAUGGUUAUGUUGAAAGAUAUAUUAUGGAAGCAGGUCAAGUAUCUCAACUAUUUGCUCAUCAAAUUAUCUGGAACAUGAGCGCUAAUUUUUACGUGGAUGCUGAUAAAGAAUGUAUCAAGCCAGAUUCACUUAAGCCAGCCCUCGAAAGAAUUAUUAAAAAUUUGGUUGAUUCCUUUACGGGCUCUGAUAGAGACUUUUAUGAACGUGAAUUUAAAUUCUUUGGUGAUGUUACUGCCAUUUCAGGUUAUUUGAAAGAAUAUAUCAAAUAUGGACAAAAUGAAAAGAAACCUAUGCAAAAGAAACGUUUGGAUGAAGAAUUAGCAAAAAUUAAAGUCGAUGUGGGUGUUUAUCUCCCAAGUAAUCCAGAUGGUCGUGUUGUAGAUAUUAAUCGUACAUCCGGAAGACCUCUUCAAAGUCAUGCUAAAGCUCCAUUUAUGGCAACAUUUAAGAUUGAAAAGGAUAAGGAACAAGAAGAGACAGUUGAAGAAAUUGGUACAGAUAGUGAUGAGAAAUCAGAAAAAUCAGUUGUUACACAUUGGCAAAGUGCAAUUUUCAAAGUAGGUGAUGACUGUCGUCAAGAUGUAUUGGCACUGCAAUUAAUUGCCGUGUUUAAAAACAUUUUUACCAGUAUUGGUAUGGAUCUAUAUGUAUAUCCGUAUCGUGUUGUUGCCACUGCACCUGGUCGAGGUGUGAUUGAUGUAAUCCCUCGAUCUAUUUCCCGAGAUCAAUUAGGCCGUGAAAAAGUAAACAGUUUGUAUGACUAUUUUGUAGCCAAAUAUGGUGGACCCAAUUCAAUAGAAUUUCAGAGAGCACGAACAAACUUUGUCCAAAGUGUUGCGGCAUAUUCGCUUAUUUCAUAUUUACUUCAGUUUAAGGAUCGUCACAAUGGUAACAUUAUGCUGGAUGAUGAUGGACAUAUUAUUCAUAUCGAUUUUGGCUUUAUAUUUGAUAUUGCACCUGGUGGUAUCGGCUUCGAGAGUUCACCCUUUAAGUUGACAACAGAGAUGGUACAAGUGAUGGGAGGAAACUCAGAGGAGCAAGCAUUUAAGCAGUUCUCUGAGCUUGUCAUUAAAGGAUAUUUGGCUUGUCGACCUUAUGCAGAAUUAAUUAUGCAGCUCGUUACACUUAUGCUUCAGUCAGGUUUACCCUGUUUCCGUGGUGAAACAAUUAAACGUAUGCGUACUCGUUUCCAAAUAGAUAAGUCAGAUAGAGUAGCUGCAGACUUUAUGAUUCAAAAAAUUAAGGAAUCAUUUGAAAAUCAAAGAACUGUUAUUUAUGAUUAUUUCCAAAAAUUAACGAAUGGUAUUCCUUAUUAA